AGAGAACCGCAAGCAGCGAGACAGGCCUGGCGCAGCCUUGCCCGGGCGGGCGCAGGUUUCCCUCAGGAGGAGCCCCCUUUGCCCACCUCCCAAUGGUUGUUUUUAAAUGCCGCUCUCUUGGGGUUUCCCCGCCCCACUCCUAGGGCACUGGGUUCGUCCCCGAGGCUGUGGGGGAAGCGCAGAGGGUGUUUGCUAGGGAGGGAGAAGUUUCCCUUGGGGACUUUCUCCCUGCUUCUUUAAAUCCUGCAGUGCUGCUUUCUGCCCUCUCCUCCACCCCGCCACUUUUAAAAAAGCAAAGGGGGUAGCAGGUGGAAAUCCCGCUCGCCAGAGUCAGAGCAGGGGGCUUAAGAUAUAAGCUGUGCCCUGAACACAAGUGCAGGGAAAGAGGGCUGAUGCUAGAAAGAGGGGGGGGGAGGGAAACAGUUCAAAUGAAUACUGAGGGCAUAAUCGAAGCUACAAUCUUGCCCCACUUGUUGUUAGGAAGCUGACCAAGGAGCAGUUGAGACCCUUGUGCCUGUAUGCCCUCAAAGGUCUGUCAGCCUAAAGUGAGCUGCCUUAGUAUUAAGUGUACCUGCCUGUAGAACAGGUUACCUGUGUCGUUGUUGCUGCUUAAGACCCCCCCCACCCCAGCCGACAGUAUGUUGGCUGAGCAAGCCCAAAAGUGGUUCCCAACUCACGUGCAGGUCACAGUCCUGCAGGCCAGAGACCUGAAGCCGAAGGGCAAAAGUGGCACUAAUGAUACAUACACAAUCAUACAGUUGGGAAAGGAGAAAUACUCCACUUCCGUGGCAGAGAAGACCCUGGAUCCUGUAUGGAAAGAAGAGGCCUCCUUUGAGUUGCCGGGAUUGCUGAUGGAAGGGAAUCCUGAGAAAUACGUCCUCUGCCUGAUAGUGAUGCACAGGUCACUUGUUGGGCUUGAUAAGUUUCUGGGACAAGUGGCGAUAAAUCUGAAUGAUAUCUUUGAGGACAAACUAAGAAGGAAAACUGAGUGGUUUAGCCUGGAGUCCAAACAAGGAAAGAGAACUAAAGACAGAGGAGAAAUAAAGGUCAAUAUUCAGUUUAUGAGGAACAAUAUGACAGCAAGCAUGUUUGACCUUUCAAUGAAGGACAAAACUAAAUCUCCAUUUGCUAAACUAAAGGACAAAAUGAAGGGUCGGAAGACUGAUGGAACAUUUUUGGAUACAUCCUCUGCAAUCAUUCCAAGCAGUCACAUACCAGAAACUAACACUGUAACUUCCCUUGGUGAAAUACAGUUAAAAUCUAAACCAAAAAAGCCUUUCCUGUUGGGACCUCAGCGACUAUCUUCAGCUCAUUCAAUGUCCGAUUUAACUGGGCCCCAGGUGACUUCGGAAAAAAUUAAAUCGGGCACAGUUGCCAAUGCAUACCUCUUCAGACGUCAGCUUGAGUCUGUUGGUUCUGCGGAUGAAAGUGGAAAUGUAAAAUCUCCGCACAGACGGACGUUAAGUGCAGAUACAACUAAAGUGAGUCAGCCAGACAGCACAGUUGAUGACAGCAACUCAGCUUUUGGAGCACAAAAUGACCCUUUUAAAAAUGUGAGUGCUUCGUUGCCUCAGAAGUUUGCCACCCUGCCAAGGCAGAAGAAUCCAUUUGAAGAAAGCCCCAUGUCAUGGGACCAAAACGUAGGUCUGUUUUCAAAACCUGCUGAAAUAAAAAAAGACAUUAAGAAAGAGAAAAAGGAGAAGGUUAGUCUCUAUGAAAGAGUGACUGGGAAAAAAGAUAGUAAGCGGUCUGACAGACUUAGCAAUGGAGGAUCAGAUGCUUCUGCUGAUUUGAAAUCACCUAGUGCACUCGGCGAAAAUCAUCAGGACAGUUUUGAUUUUGAUUCAACUAAUCCCUUUACAACAAGCUUCAAGCCAACAAAAGUGCUGCCAUCUUCUAGUUUUAAUGUGAAUCCUGCGCAUAUCGAAGACCUCAGGAAAACUGUGGAUGCAAAUCCUUUUGAUGCUGCUGCAGGGUAUCGUAACCUUACACAUGAAGAGGUCUUACAAGAAUUAGUGAAACAUAAAGAGCAACUGAAGAAGAAGGACACCCAUAUUCGUGAACUUGAGGACUAUAUUGACAAUCUUCUUGUGCGAGUCAUGGAAGAAACUCCUAGUAUUCUCCGAGUGCCAUAUGAACCUUCUCGGCGAGCUGGCAAAUUUUCAAAAAGCUAAGCCAGUGCCAACACCCGGUGGUAUUUCUUCAAUAAGGUGGACUGCUUAUUUCAGUGUUUUGAUAUCUUUGCUUCCUUUUUUAACUCUUUGCAUCCUGAGAGAGUUUUACUCCAAAUACUGAUUAGUAUUGUCAAAACUGGCAACCCACACGAGCUGCAUAGCCCUUUUCGGGAAAGUAAGAUUUAAAUUCCAUUUGCUAUGAAACAUUCCUCUUAACAUUUACAUGCAGGCGUCUUUUGUUUUGUUUUUAAAUUUUGUAGUAACUUGUAUACCACUAUGAGCUAUACAAUCUCAGACACAUACUUGAAUAUUUAUUUUGCACUUCAAUCAGUCUCUUUGAUGUUACAGCAUGCUGUCUAUGUGUAUGCGCACAAGCGGGAUGUGUUUUGCAGCUCUAAACACGAAGGAAAAUCUGAAGAUGUGAGAUUUUAUUGUUAGCAUUUUAUGACUAGGAAUCACCAGUAGAGGAUUAUCAGUGAGGAAGUGUCAUGUGUUUUUACAUAAGGAUGCUGACAGCAGUGGUUCCUGAAUGGAAUGUAUUUGAAGCAUUUGUGCCCAAUAAGAGUCAGGGGCUUUUGAAAUGGCAAGUAGUAAUUUAUUAAAAUUGGUAUGGAUACUAAAUAUGAGGAUAUGGCAUGCAAAUAUGCAUUAAGUAAAGAAAGCAUAGGAAAGUGAUGAAUGAAUACUUCAUUUUCUGAAAGUUUAUAUGAAUUAUGGGAGAUAAUGCUGAUGGACACAUCAGCAUUUACAUCUUUCCUUGGCUUUUGCCAAAUUUGGGAAAUGAAAAUUGUGUGCUCACUUGUGUUUCCCAAUCUAGGAGAGUGCUUUUUAAAAUGGGGAGUUGCUGUUCUUUUCUUAAGUACUAUAUUCUGUGUCCAAAUCAAAUAUUGACCUUCACUUAUGAGUGACAGAUGUAUUUGGUUAAGCAUGUCUCUUGAGUAGGUGACAUUUGUGUAUAGUGUUGUGUGCCUGUUGCAAAAUGGCAAAAUGCGAUUCUAAUGGGAAGCACUGCCAUGAAGAGAAAGAUAGUUUGCUAUACCAGUAAUAAAAACUUUGCGUUGUUUUAAUUUGCUUUAUACAAAACUUUAAACAGAACGUUUACUAACAUGAAGUGAAAUAUAGGUUUAAACAUAAGGUACAUGAAGUGUUAAGAAGAGAAUUUCUUUUUCUUUUCAGAUUUUCAUUUUUCUUGCUUGUAAUCUACAUUUCUCAAGCAUGGACAUAAAGAGGGUUUCCCCAUCCUUUUAGACUGAUAAAGAAUACUAAUUGAAA